AGGCGUCCACGCUUUGGGUAUCCAAAUGCGCCCUGACAGCACGUGAGCUGAUCACUCGUCCCCUCAUUGGCUAGGAAACCCUCUCCGCAACAUGUUUUUCGUCGGCGAUUUGAACCGAGGAAUCGCUUCAAGUCGCGAGUCCUAUUUGCAAAAGAACACAAGAGGCGGAUUUUGCGGCCAGCCUGAUGAUUGUGGGUGUGUAUGUGCGCUCUCCUUGCCCUCGAAACGUGGCGACAACGACUCCGAUGCUACAAACAACCAGAGCCGCCCCGUUGACUUCAGAAAGCCUGCGGCGUUGCCAUCAGCACUUCCAUUGGCGCGAGCUUGUCGCUCAUCGCCGAGAACUCCACAGGCUCCACCACUACCACCACCAUCAACCUUGGAGUCUUUGCAGCCACCAACUUCAACCACAACCACAUCGCCCACACCAUGGACCUCUCAGACCGAUGGCAGACUAUUGCUCCUGCCUCAGACGAGCCCGGACAGCGGCGCGCCCCGCCAGACCGUCGGAAGCGGAGGCAGGCCGUUGCUGUGGCUUGUGUGCACUGCCGCAACGGGAAGGCCAAGUGCGACGGCACGAGGCCACGAUGUAACCGCUGCAAGGACAACGAUCUUGUAUGCCAAUACGAUGUCGCCGAGGGCGUCUCCAGAGCUGAGCGCAUGAAGAUCAUGAAGAGGGACAGUAUGACCGGCGAGCUUGAAGAUCUCAAACGCAUCGUCAACUUCCUCCGCUCAGGUACAGACGACCAAGCCGCGGCCAUUCUAGCAAGACUACGACUUGGUGACACUCCCGAAGAUGUGGCAAAGUCUCUCUCCUUGGUACCCUCUCCAGCAGCAUCCACCCAACCCCCCAGCUUACUGGGCCAGGAGUCCACCGAUACCUCUGGAAGUGCAAUGAGCCAUGACUCCGUUUUCGAUCCAAGCAAACCUACUCCCACGUUUCGUCAAGGCUCCAGCGCAUCUUUGGCAUCGCCUCCAGGUCAAACUACCGCUUGGUCACCUUCUGCAAAUCUUCCGCAUUCUGCAUUUGCGCCCCCAGGUAGAGGAAAGCAGUCAAGCAUCAGCGAAGAGCAGUCCUUUUUGUGCCCUCUGUUCGAUCGAGACGACUUUCUGUUACCCAAAGCCGAAGACGAGGGCGAAAGUGAUGACGCUGGCGACGAUGAAUUCGAGGAGAGAAACAUUGACCCACGGCUCACUCAGCAGGCUUCAACUUUUGACCUCCGUCCCAUUCCCUCGUCCUCAUCAAAAAUGUCUUCCCAAAGCCAAAGACGGUCGCCACACAGACACAACAGGGUUCGCUCCAUUUAUUCCACUCACCUUGCUGGACGACAGCCGAUUGUAAACACUAUCCGCAUCCACCCCAAUCUCGAUAUUCGCAGCUUUUUCGACAACACACCUUUUCUUACUAGCGCCGAGUCGAGCCAGUACUCCAAACCUCCGGAUACGCAUACUCGCAAUCUUUUCCUGCCAACAUGGGCUAUGCUCCCAAUCAAUACAGUCCCCGAUCCUGGUUCUCUCAGGCGCACUGUACUGAGUGUAUUACACGAGGCAACAAACUUGAUAAACAACGGACAUCCGCCCGAAGAGAUUAUUGAGAAGCACCCGAAUAUUGCUGCUCUGUUUGACGAAGAAGUAUACAACAACUCGGGCAUUCUUUCCAAAUGGGCGGUUGGUAUGGUGCACGGUAUGUUUUUGAAAGGCAACACAUUUACAUGCUUCGGAUUUAUGUACCUCUUUUGGUCAUUGAUGCGCUGGAUGAUUUCACCUUCCCCCGAGACGUACAAUGCAAUGCCCGAAUGGCUCCGUCCGACCCCGAAUCAGCUUUUUAUGCCGCACAUCAAUAUCGUCGAUUUUGUUGUCUGGCCCGCCUUUCGCGAACUUGCUGUUCAAAUUCCCGCAAUGCAGGAACGCAUGGAAUGGCUCAUGGAUAUGAGCCUCAACAUUCAGUGCGAUUGGUCCUUUACCACCACAGAGGCGCUACACAAAAAUGAAGAGACGGGCCGAGUAGAUUUGUGCGACACAGCAAGGGAUGUUAUCCGGAAUCUGGCAAAUUGGAGUGUUGGACCGAGUUUCAGGGGAUACAUUAGCAAUGCAGAUUCCUAUGUACGAAUCAGGACAGAGGGAUAUUGA